AUGGCCAUGUCCCGUCGUAAGCAACUUCGUCCAAAGUCAUUGAAAGAAGGUGAUGAAACUAUGUUUGUUUUACCCGAUGAAUUGAAAUGUGAUGAAGAAUCACAUGAUAUUGUAGCUCGAAUUGAUAUUGAACAAGAACAUCGUUUUGGCCCAUUUCCAGCUAUCUUAAUCUCUUGUCAACAACAACAACAACAACAACAACACGUGUCAUCCGGUUCAGAUUCAACGAAUGUUAGUUGCAUGAUCAUGCAAAUUGAUAAUGAAACUCUUGAAAAUGGAACACAAUCUUUUCAGUUGCUUGAUAAUAAACAUAAUUGGCUUACUAGAUGUUCAGCAUCGAAUAAUGCAUCUUCAAAUCUCGAUAUAACUUUUCAAAAUGAACAAAUAUAUGCAAGCCUAACUCAAUCUAUAAAAACUGGUACACGUCUUUGUUCGAAUACAAUUAUUCUUCCAAAAUUAACUCAAAUCGAAGAAUCACAAAUAAAACAAGAGUCAAAAUUAGAUAUGAAUAAUAGUACUGAUAUUAUCAAAGUGAAACAAGAGCCUAUCGAAUCUGAAGAAGAACAACCACAAGCUAAUCUUUCUUCGUCAAGUAUUAAAUCAGAUUUAUCUAUGAUCAAUAUUAAUGGAUCGAAAUCUAAAGAAACAAAAAAACUUUAUCCACUUCUUUUUACAUGUGAUGAUUGUGGUAUUCGUUAUAGUAAUCGAAGUACACUAGAAGCUCACCGACAACAUUAUUGUACGAAACGAGAAACUACAAAAAUUCAUGCAACAGAUUCUACAAUGACUGUUAAAGUAAAGGGCAUGAAACGCAAACAUAUUGAUAUAAAUGAUUCAUCACCAUUACCAUCGCCAACAAAACGUUUAUCAUUAUCAUCAAAUGAUGCUUAUUGUUCAGAAUGUGAUAUUUUAUUUUCAAAACCAGAUAAUCUUCUUCAACAUAAAUUACACUACUGUGGAACGAAAUCAUCAUCAUCAUCAUCAUCAUCCUUACGUCAAAUCAAUGAAAAUAUAUCAAAUUCAUUUCGACCACCAAUUCCAUUUGAUCGGCCAAUACAAAUCGGACCAUUUAUUUACGUACCUGUACCAAUUGUUUCAUCAAAAGUUGAGAAUAGUGAACGAUCAAAGUCACCAAUCAAUGAUAAUAAACCACUUGAUUUAAGUAAACCUAAAAAACAAAUCGAUGAAGGUGAACAACAACAACAACAACAACAACAACGACAAAUAUCAACUAAGUCAUCGUCUUCACCAUUAGAUUUAACUAUUGAAAAAUCAACGAGUUUAUUUAAUAUACUUAAUUCAUCAUCAACAAUAACAAAAGCAUCAUAUAGUGCUCAACAACAAAUCUAUGAGUGCGAUUAUUGCUCAAUACGAUUCAGUUCAUUGAAAACUUUACAUGCUCAUCAAGAAAACUAUUGUAUCGAAUAUAGAAAACAAAAGAAAAAUGCAAAUAAUAAUUCAUCAGUAAAUACAUCUACAAUUGAAACAAAAGUAAUAGUUAAUGAUUCUAAUCGAUCUCAAUCUCCUCCGAUAUCAACAACAAUAUCAAGAACUGUUUCAUUAUCUCCAAACGAUUCAGUAAAUUCAUCUUAUCUACCGCCUCAUCGUUCAUCACCAUUUAUGUGUCGUCUAUGCAAAUAUCGUGGAAAUACUUUGCGUGGAAUGCGUAUGCAUUUUAAAUUUCAUUUAUCUAAUAAUGAACCAUGUUCAGAUGAUGAUAUAAUAAUAACAUCAACGAUAAAUAAUUCUUUACCAAUUCCAUCGACGCAACUAUUGCUGAAAUGUACAAUAUGUUCAGCCAUGUUUGAUCAUGAAGAUGCACUAUUAAAUCAUAUCAAAUGUGUGCAUACAAAAGAAAGUUUACUUGAAUGUUUAGAAUGUCAAUCAAGAUUUUGCUCAAAAUGGAAUUUACUACGUCAUAUGAAAUUAACACAUACAAAUAUGAAAUGUGAUGAAGAAGAACAAGAUGAUAGUGAUGAAUGUAUUGUAUCCAACGAUACUCAUAUUAUGAUGAAUGAGCCAAAUAAUGAACAAAAAUCGGAUGAAGAUCGAGAUCUUUCAUCAUCUUCUCCUUUGUCUUCUUCAAACAAUAAAUCAUCUGAUCCGAUGAAUCUCACUCGUAAUGUUCUUAUUGAAUCAGUCGAUGUAAAUUCAAUGAAAAAAAUAUCUGAUGGAAUUUUAUUAAAGAAAAAAUUUGCUUGUCCUUAUUGUCAUAUAAAAUUUGGUAGUAUUGAUACAUUAAAGCAACAUAUGACGAAUUAUUGUUCAUCUCGACCCACAAAUGAGGAUCAAUCAAAUAAUAAAAAGAAAACUAAUGAGACAUUUUGUUCAACAUGUCAAAUUCCAUUUCGACAUAAAAGUUCUUAUGAUGCACAUAAAAUGUAUUAUUGUCGAGGUAGUAAUAAAGUUCAUGUUAAAAUGCAAGCUUAA